AUGUCCGACUAUGCCAAUCUCCCAAUCUUCCAGAUUCUUGCUGCGGAGGCCAUGCAUGCGGCCAAUAUACUUCCACUAUCCGCGGCGGAGGGCCAGCUCGUCAGGGAGAGAACGGGUAUCAAGUAUGUGUUUACAUUGAUGGACGACGAGAGGCUGGACAGGUUGCUGGUAAUAAGGAUCGGACGACUAGAAGCUCACGGGCUACGCGUCCUGGGCACCGACGAUGAGGUCGCCAACUCCCUCGCGGAGACGGUCCGCGUUCGCCCGGACGGCGUUGACUGGCCGGCCCCUAUGAGGGAUUGGUCCGAAACCACUCACGGGGAGCUCAUCAAGGCCAUCGCCGUCCAGGACUACUCUUGGCGGCUCUACAACCUCGCCAAAGCUCGACUGCCGUCCGACUACCCCUCCUCUAUAGCUGAAUUUGGCGAACUCGCCCUCAGCUCGCCCUCGUUCGCUGCAGCCUUUCUCAACAUGACGUACCCCGGAUCCAUCCGCGCCGACCCAGCCUUCAUCGCAGCCGUGAAAGGACUGGUCGCUCCCGCGCGAGCUCUCGUGAGCCUCGCCACCAAGGGCCGGGUCCCCCGUAUGCCACUCACCGACGUCCCUACGCCCGUCAAGCCUAGGGCCAGCAAUCGACAUCGGCGCGCCCCUCAUCCUCCCCCUCCCGCUCCACUCGCACCCCCUCCUCCUAACCGAAAAGGCAAAAACAAGCGAGAUCGGUCCCCUACUCCUCCGGCUCCAGCCUGUCGUCAAGCCGCUGGCAAGAAAAUGAAGGAGGACGACACCUACACCGCAUUCCGGGAACCCUCUGUACCUCUUUCCGACACUACGGAGGUAUCCAUUCACUCUGCUCCCUCGCCCCCGCACGUAAUCGACGAGCCCCUGGAGGAUGUAGAGAUGGAGCAGGUGGAGAUUGCACGCGUGCGAGAGUGCUUUGGUGGGCUGAGCAAGCUGGGCGAUGACGAUCAGCGGGAAGAGGCUGGACGUGAGAUACAGGUGGAGGAUAUGGACUGGGAAGCUGCUGCUGAGUAUGUCGACGAGGAGGGUCUGCAGCAUGGCGAGGUGAUUGAGCCGGAGGAUGAUGAGAUUGGGCCGUUGGCGAUGGUGAUUUGGGAAGACCCCCUUCGUGUCUACCCGGUGCUGCCCAUCGUUGAGGUCGGGGAUCCCUGGGAGCACGUCGAGGGGGGUGCAGCUGAGGAGGAGGAUGUGCUGGAGAUCCCUCGCCCGCCCGCCGAAGAUGGACUCCCGCGCAUGGCAUACCACGGUGACCGACUCCAUGCGGGCGACAUUCGAGAUGGGCCUAUUAUUUACCGCGUCUGGAUCGAAAUCGUCGUCGGCGAGGUCGAGGAAGAAGAGUGA